CAGGGGCAGACUGACCAUUUGGAAACUCGGGCACUGCCCGAGGGCCCGGGUCAGUAGGGGGCCCCAUGAGAUGCCCCUGGUACCUUUUUCAUAGGCUUUUUUGAUGUGGGUGAGGAGACAGGAGCCCCAUGAUCCCCUAUUGCCCGGGGGCCCCAUGAGUUGUCAGUCCGCCCCUGGUGCCUGUUUUAUCCCACCUUCUUGUAAGUUGCUCUACAUUGUGUGCAAUAAACCUGUCUUUAAGUCUAUACUUAGAGGCGCCUUUCUUUCGCUGUUCUAAAAAUAAUUCUUGCCUUUUAGUUGUUUCUUUAGAGCGGAUUUAUACAUAGGG